AUGAAUUCCAAUAAUUUUCUCAAAUCUUUCACGGCUGGUUUGAGUACUGGUGAUAAUUCUGAGCACACAUCUAAAAACUCAUUAUUAUUCGACUUGGCCCCAAAAAUAGAAGAGGUAACCGUUUUUUUGUUUAGGUGUGUAUUUGUUUACAGUGAUAGCUAUUCCUUUGUUAACUACUUUCAAACUUUAUUAACUAACAAUCCUGAACCCCAGUUAUGCCGGGAUCCAGGCUUGGCGACGGACAUUGCUGCAAGAAAAAAAAUGAUUUGAACCCGCGCUCUAUAUUUCUUUCUGCUGUGCUGAGCGGACAUCCAAAAAGACAGACAUACACCUCUAGCGUUUCAUAUACAAGGAAAAGUAGAAAAUCAUUUUAUAGAUAAACAGAGACAACAACAACAAACAACACGAGAUAAAUGACAUUCACGAUGUAUCUGACGAGUUUUGCAACAGCGAUGAACAAGUUUCAAUUGCAAGCAGCCAGAACUCUUUACAAAAUCAUCAAGGUAUUUGAAUGAGCACGGGGACAAAGUCGCGCCAGUUUUCAGUCCCACUGCGAAAUUAGUCUCGUAGCGACUCAUCAGCAGUGUUGCUGACAUGGAAGUCAAAUUUGGUCUUAAAGUCACGCGCGUAGCAAUGCGUACGAGACUAGAACUCUUCAGUUCUACGGUUUCGCCCCGCUCACCGACUGUUUUUAGUCCCCCUUUUUUUCAAAGUUGAGACGUGAAAUCAAAAAUCCGAUUCUUAUAAAACGCAUUGUCUCUAAAACUUGAGUUAUGAGUGCCCUAGAGAGAGUGAGAGAGAGAGAGAGAGAUUUUCAAUAUAAAUAUGUAUAUGGGGACCGAAGUUCCCCAUAUGCACAAUAUUGUGUCCCAAAGCCGGGUUAUGGUAAUUACUCAAUUUUUCAAAAAAAUUGCGAAAGAUUGAAAAUGUUUUGACAUUGAAUACAACUUUCUUAUUACCCUCUGAUAAACGAAUAAUCGCAUAAAACCAAUACACUGAUACUUUUUUCAAGGCAGCCAAAAUGACGUCACAGCAGGUGAAUCUGGUUCAACCUCCUGUUCGGAAGAUUCAUUCGAAAUGCUGAAUAUGUGCAAUGAGCGGAACGAAAUUUAUGGAGGUAAAAGGUUUCAUUAAAACAAAAUUUUCAUUUGAAUUAAGAUAUGCAACCAUGCGCUACGAAUGGAAACACAGGAUGCAGCUCGGAAUGGGCGUCUGAGGGAACAUCAGAAUAUUCAGAAAAGUAAACGUUCAUUCACGGUCUCCAGAUCUGACAAUGGGCGCAAGUGCGCCCCGAUCAAUAGAGCGAUACAUUGGAGCGAAAUUCAAAUUUUAACAGCGAAAUUUGUGUUUUUUUCCAGAUUAGCCACGAAAAACCGAUAAUUUCUCAUUUGUCUCUCGUUAGACCGAUUGUAUAGGCUAUUACAAAUUUUUUAAGCGCAAGAGCGUUAAAUUUGGUAGAGUCGCAAAUCACAUUUAUCCGUUUGAAGGUUUUUGGCUAAAACUGCGUGAAUUUCAGUUGCUUUUCGAUAGUUUUUGCGGUUCGAGCGCUCAAAAUGCUUGUAUUUACGUGAUUCAUCAUUCUCAAAACCAAAUCUGUCUGAAAACGGUCAAGAAAGCGCAAAAUGAGAAGUGCGGUUUUGAGGCGGCGAUCGGCAGCUAUCGGCGGCGAAGGCGAAAAAGCAAAGUCCGCGAAAAAUGCGCCAAAACGUCAUUAAUUCUGAGAAUUCGUGUGUUUUCAUGUCGAUCAAUCAUUUUUCAUCGCCUUUGACCACAAAAAUUAGAGAAAACCUGCUCAAUUCAUGAAAACGCCAUUUGGCCGAGGCCACGCCCAUAUUCUCAGCUCUGGAGACCGUAUCAUUGAAAAUGUCCUUGUCUUAAAACGAAUUAAUUUCCAGAAACAACCGACUUCGAAAAGUCAAUGAAUCAAUUUCCAGUCAAUUAAAACAAAUCGAUACAGGUUCAUUUAAAAUCAGUUUUCUUUUGAUUUUUUUGCUCAGGUCUAACAAAAUUGGAUUUUGCAAAAAUCGAAGAAGAAUUGUCCAAUUUAGAAAGCCAGAGAAAAUUAUUCCGAAUGCGGAAAAUUCGUGAAACUGUAAGAUUGCUCUAAUCUUUCCAUUUUAACAGAUCAUGAGAAAAUUGCGAAAUACUUGAUUAUCCGGCUGUGUUCGGAAAUCGGAGGCCGAACAAAAAAUCGGAGGCCAAAAAUAAAAUCGGAGGUAGACAAUACAAUCAGAGGCCGAAUCUCAAAUGAGAGGCCCGAUUUUAAAAUAAGAAGCCGAGAAUAAAAUGAGAGGCCGAGUUCAGCUAGCUAACUGUUUACAUUUUUCGCCGUUGUUAUGUUUUUAUGAACCUCUGGAGAUUUAGUAGUCAAAAAAUUAGUACUUCAGUGAUCUCGAAGUUAGUUAACGUUUUCUGAAUACUUUUGCUUGAACUUCCCAACAAAAUCGUUGAAUUUACUCCGAAGCAGUGCAAUCAAGAAUGUUGAGAAACCACCUCGAUAUGUUAUGGUCCCUUGAUAGAUUCAAAUGAUAUAGAGACAAUUCAGGAUAAGCCUCACUAGCCCGCCUAUUGGAAUACAUAACUUAUGAUCAGCGCUCUUACUUACCCUCAGCGUGGUGAGAUGCCUAAAAGCUAGCAAAACCUUUCUAAUAUUAUUCUGGCUAAUUAUACGGCUAAUUAUCUCUCAUUUUAACUCCGGCCUCCGAUUAUUUUUUCGGCCUCCGAUUUUCGUUUCGACCUCUCAUUUCCGAACAGAGCCGAUUUUCCUUUUGUUUUACUCAAAUUUUCUGUUAGUUUCUUGUAAAAAAAAAUCUUUCACGAUGAAUGUUUAAGAACGCGAACAAGAUUGUUGAAUACAAUUAUCGUAAAAAGGAGAAAAAAUUGAAUCGUACGCAAACAAAUCUGGCUGUCCGGAUGCAGACCAGUAAAAACCUCAGCGUAUGUCUCAACAAUAGAACUUUGAAAUGCCGGAAAAUAUUUUUCAGAUAUGUUUUAUGAGCGAACUCAGCGAAACUGAAACAGAGAACGGAGAAGACGACAGUUCCGAGGUCGAAAAUUUUUUCAGGAGAAGUCAAUCUUUUCCUUUUUUCGAAAGUAAUUGUUUCAUAUUCUUGGCUCCUAAUUACCCGCAAAUGUUUGAUGACGUGUAACUCCAGAACGAAAAUUCCGAGAGACAUGAGAAUCAACAAAUAUUUCAUUCAUAUGAUAACAAUGAAUGACCACUUAAAAAUUGGUACCGUUUUUGCACCUUUUUGACAGCAUCUCGGUUAAAGCGAGAAAUGGAGAUGAGCCCUUUGAUACCGUUUCUACCCUUCAUGGGACCUUUCAAUUUUGUUGUGUUCCUGGCACUGUCUGAAAGACUCAUGUCGGUAUCACUUUAGGUUCUGGAGAAAAACGCAAAAAUAGAGUGUCUUUAUGAUUGGUCCGCUACCCGUGAAGGAAUUUUUUCAGCACUUCCACAUUUGUGUGGGGUUUAGCUUUUGUUUUGGUCUGUAAGACCCCAAUAACGAAUAAGCCAAUAAAAAAUUGUCCGGCGAGAAAUUUGACCAUUCUUUCUUCUUGACCCAUUGGCCUCAAUUCAUUGCUUAGUGAUCUUGGCAGUGUGAACAUGCGCAUCUUUCUUCUCGAGCACCCAAUGUUGUUUUCCGAAGUGUUUGUGAGACCAUAGAAUACGUUUCUUUGUUAAAGUCUCAUCUACAUCAAGUGUUUCGAAAUUCAAGGAAGAUACACUCCAAUCUACACCUACUCUUUGAAAAAUUCCGUAAAAAUUGGCACCCUUUCAAACAAAUUUUGAGCAAUUAAGGAGAGAAAAAAAAACGUUUAUGUUCAGACACAACAAACAUCAAUCAACUUGGAUCUCAAAGUAUACAAAAUCUGUAUAAACAAUUGGAUGAAGAAUUAUGUAUAAGUGAUUGUAAGUAUUGUGUAGUGAUAGAAUUAAAAACGGGGUGAUCAUAACUGGGACGGUACAGCAAUUUGCUAAGCAAAGUUUAUUUGAAAGAUGCCUGUAAGUUUAUGUAAUCUCCACAAACUUGGUUUACGAGAUCUGUUUGAAAGUUGCACAAAACCUGUUUAAAGUAAAAAAUACUUCAAACAAAAUUUAAAUAGUCUUCAACAAACAAACCUUGAGCAUAGUUUAAACAAUGUUUGAGAAAUUUUUUAGAAGCGGUAUACCGACUGAGGUGAAAAGAUCCCUUCUCACCCCAAUGUCAGCCUCAGAUUUUAUGCAAUUGCCAGGGUGUGCGACUUGACGCGAUUCUCAAUGGCGGAUCUCGCACGGAGCGAAACUUUUCAAGCUAGAGUUUUGUGCUUUUUAAUAUAGGUGGGACAUGGCUGAUCACAAUUUUCUCAAUUUUCUUACAAAACAAAACCGAUUUCGGACGGAUUUCUGAAAAUAAACGAAAAGAAAAUUGCAUACCAGCGGUUUUUAGUAUAUAUACGGUUUUGUUUUGUCAGAAAAUUGAGAAAAUUGUGAUCAACCAUGUUCCAGUUAUAUUAAAAAGCACAGAACUCCAGCUUGAAAAGUUUCACUCCGUGCGAGAUCAGCUAUCAAGAAUCGUGCCAAGUCGCACACUAUGGCGAAUGCAUAGUAGAAUAAAAAGAGUGUUACAGGUGAUCGGUGCAAACUGUUGAAACAUGAAACGCUGAAAAUCAUGCAACUUGCUGCGCGAAAAGCCGACGAAACGCUACAAAACUACAGGAAGUGAGUGAUAAAAUAGUAUAAAAUAGUGGAUGUUAUGCAUUCGCCGGGGUGUGCGUUAUGCAUUCGCCGGGGUGUGCGUUAUGCAUUCGCCGGGGUGUGUGUGUGCCUUCCUAUUACAAAUGCUAACAAAACUGACUAAAAACUGUUCGUUUUCAAUUUUCUCUUCAUUUUUCGUUAAAAAUCCGUCUGAAUAUGGUUCUUUGUCGGAAACAGGAAAAAUUGGGGUUUACCGUAUCCCCCUCAAAAUUUAAACGCAAAAUACCAUGGUGCGCGAGUUUUGACUUGAAAAACUUCGCGCUGUGCGAGACCCGCCAUCGAGAAAGGCGUUAAGUCGCACACUCCGGCGAAUACAUAAUACUGCAGGGGCAUUUUAAAAUAUCAGCGGUUUCUCAUAUUGGGCGAUCUCCGGACAGGCGCCAAUAAAAAUAGUUUUGCGAGCAAAUUCAACAGAUCGCGAUCAAAUUGACAUGCCCCGAUAGUAUGAUUUUCAGAGAAAGAUCCAAAGCAAGCGAGAUACCGCGCCAAGCAAGGCAAUAUUUGAGCAAGACUAAGCUGAACAAUAUUUUGGACAUUUUUCAUCAAAUCGAAGAAGCCAUAAAUCGUUUGUUUUCAAGAAAUUUUUUUUUUCGAACUUGACUAGUUUAGGUAAAAACAAAGAAUUAGUUAAUCUAUUGAUGGAGAGAGACAAUUUGCACAUGGAAAACGAUUCAUUGAGAGUUGACAUAGAUGACUAUGCGCAUCAAAAAUCAAACGUAAGUUUUACAGCAAAACAUAGUUGAAGUUGAACAAAACAACUUACUUUUCUGCCGAUAAUGUUAGUACUAUUUUCAGCUCAUCUUCCUGGAUUUGAAAAAACUUAUUCGAUUGCAAGAAGAAAUGAAUUAA